AUGUCUUCUAUAGCACAAGUUUCUGUGGCGUUGGCCGCCCUUCUAGUGCUUGAUGUCGCUGCCCAGGCCACAGCGACAUCCACACAAUCAAUCUUGCUGCCCACGGUGCGGCCCUCGACGGCCUUCAUAGUCCCGCCCGACUUCCUCGGCGUCGGCUUCGAAUCCGCCUACCUCCCUGCUUACAAUAAUGACUUCUCCGAGAACCUCGUCAACUCUCUUGGCUCGCGCAUUGCGGCGCCAUCCACUAUCAGAAUAGGGGGGCCCAGCGGGGAUAAGCUCACCUUUGAUCCGAACCAGAAGGCCUCGACAUGGUGCCCGACUGGUGAUUGUGUUGGUUACUCUAAUAAGGCCUUCGUCCUAGGACCGUCCUAUUUUGACACUUUCAAGCGCUUCCAAUCCGCCCGCUUUACCUUCCAAGCCUCUCUAGGCCACAAUCCCAACGCCACUAAUGUAAUCGCCAAUGUUAAGCAUGCAUACGCAGCCGUCGGUCCGUCCCGCCUCGAUGCCAUCGCCGUCGGGAACGAAGUCAACUGGUACGAAGAUUCCGCCGCUACGUACGUCGCCGAUGCACAAACCGCGAAGGACGCCAUCACCUCCGUCCUCGAUCUCAAGGACCCUAUCUGGGAAAUUCCAGACUCGGCGGUCGGGGCUGGCAACCCUUACGCCGUCAAAGAAGUCUUCGAUAAAUGA